AUGGAGCGAAUUAAUAGUCAAAGAUUAGAGCCCAUCCACGUCGAUUCGGAAGAUGAAUGCAUGAUAACUGCUUUCGUUUGCCCGCUUGGAAGCUGUAGGUACACUGAUGUGGUGAGUAAAAUGCCCUUUUUUGCCUUCAUUUAUCCUUUGCAAGUAAAAACAAAACCCUGUGUCUACAUGCCCGGCAGCCGCCGGAAGUAUUUUCAAAAUACUAGAUGCCCGGCAGUCUAGAAUUCUAUAAGUUGAACACUAAAGCAAACGUUUUCGCCUGAAAUAUCGAUUAAAAAUCUUCGUCAACCUGAAAUUUUGUUAAAGAAGCAAUGGAAAACACUUACCAAACGUUUUUUCGCUUUAAAUUUUCUUUAAAUCAACUUUUUCAGCGUGUUUUUUUCCAUAAUUUUGCAGUCGGCAAAACUGAAAAUUGAUGCCGGGAUUGUUGCUAGGCAACAUUUUCUUGUUAUUGUGUAAUGAGAAUAUACUUUUUAAUCAUGUUAAAAAUAUUGUUUUUGUGUUAUUAUCACAAGGUUAUUUAAUAAAGGAAAUAGAAAACAUUUUUCCUAUGUUUCUAUAGAGUUAUCGAAACACUUGUGCUAGUUUGGGAGAACUCGAAAUAACGUGGAAACACUCGCACUACGUGCUCGUGUUCCCACUGAUUAUUUCUCUUUCUCCCAAACUAGCACGCGUGUCUCUAUAACUCUAUAGAAACACGGAAAAUGUUUUAUAUUUCUUAAAUGUAACUAACCCAACCCCUACUCUAACCACUAACCCUAACCUCAACCCUAACUCUAACCCUAACCGUAACCGAAUUAAUAAAAAAAUCGUAAAUAUUAAAUCAUUGUGAAUUGUGAUUUAUAUGUACGGGGGGGUUGAAUAGGUUUUCGGAUCGUCGGAUUUCACAGAAAAAAUGGGUCGUAUUUCGGAUCUGGCGAGUAUUUUAGACGGAUUUUCGGAUCUUAUUAUCUACCCAUAGUCCAUCAAAAAAACGAAAGAAACCUGUUAGUGUACCGGCAAAGAAGGUUGUUAAAGAAGAUUUAGAUGAUGUUAUUUUUUCCUUAUCGUCGUCGUCUUUGGAAUCGACGCCAGUUAAAAAACCAAGAAUAGAAAGGGAAAAAGGGGAUACGGAUUGGUAUUAGUUCUGCAUAAUUUUUUACUCAAUACGAUGGUUAUUUUAUAUUGGAUGCCCAGUAUAUCAAAAGUAGGCAUUUAAUUACAGUAUAAAUAUCUUAAUGUUUAUAAUCAUUUUGUUUGUGGAAACACCACGUAAAUUAUGUAAAAUUACGUGGUGUUUCCACAAACAAAACUAUUGUAUGUUUUAUCGCCAUGCAAACGUGCAAAGAACUUAUUAACUUGAUGUUUCUUGCCUAGAAUUCUGAAAGAUCUAUCAAACGUUUUUAAGGAAGAAGACAGUGAUAGCACAGAGUCAGAUACAUGUACUGUAGCAGCUGGUGAUAGGUAAGACUAUCUGAGCCUAUCUCUAUAUUGUUUUCAUUGCUACAUUUGCCACUUUUGCAAAUACCAUCGUGAUUUGUGCCUUGGGGUAAUUCGAUGAAAAAACAUGGAGUUGCUCAGAAAAAAGACGGUUAGAGAAGUAUGACUGCUGUUCUUCUGAGGGAUUUGAUACUAGAAACCAAGAUGUUCACUAACGUUGAAUAUAAGUAAAAAUGUUUGCUGAACUUAUUGGGGGAAAAUAAUGGCUACAGGUUAUUUCACAUCGUUGUUGAAUUCAGCGAUAUUGAAACAGCACAGCAACUAAUGAAAAAUAUUGAUAAAAAUAUGCCAAGCGAAAUUACUGUACUACAUUCACUUUCUUCAAUGAUAACCAUCUUUCUCUAUCUUCAGAUCCACUUCUACUGUUAAUUUUAUAUGCUUAAUUCCAUUUUUACGGUAUUGGCCAAACUAACAAGUAUAUAAGAUUAAAACUUUUUUCAUCAACAGCAAAGCACAAGUUUCUCCAAGUGGAAAAGAUGUGAUGGAUAAUGUGUCAGCAUUGAAGAUACUUCUUGCUCCCGACUGCAAAACAAGUGCGCUUUCAUGUUUACCAGCUGGGAUAGUUACUGACAAGAUAUUGAUCGUAGACAUGCUUCAAAUAAAAGAUGACUGGCAAGACGAUCAUCGUUAG